CCGGGAAGUUGAUCGCUCGCUUGCUGGACGGAACUGCGCAGCGCAGCUGGUUCGCGGGGACAGGAGUUGUGAUUCCCUGCGUCUCGCAAUGUCUCUCCCCGCUGCCGGGGGAGCGAGGCCUGAUGAGCUGAUCUUCUCUGUGAAUGGGAGGAAGAUAGUAGAGAAGAAUGCUGAUCCUGAACAAAUGCUGUUGUCUUACCUCCGAAAGAGACUUCGUCUCACAGGAACUAAGUAUGGCUGCGGAGGAGGUGGCUGCGGAGCCUGCACUGUGAUGAUCUCCACUUAUGAACCUGCUUCCAAGAACAUAAGACAUUAUUCUGCCAAUGCCUGUCUAUUACCUAUAUGCUCGUUGCAUGGCGUUGCAGUCACCACUGUGGAAGGCAUAGGAUGCACAAAAACCCGGAUACAUCCAGUUCAGGAAAGGCUGGCCAAGUGCCAUGGCUCUCAAUGUGGCUUUUGCACCCCUGGAAUGGUGAUGUCCAUGUAUGCUUUGCUGAGAAACCACCCUGAACCCUCCAUGGAGCAGAUAACUGCAGCUCUGGCUGGUAACUUGUGCCGCUGCACUGGGUAUAGACCAAUCUUAGAUGGCUGUAAAACCUUCUGUAAGGAACCAUUUUGUUGUCAAAGUAAAGAAAAUGGGAACUGUUGCUUGGAUCAAGAAGACAAACUCAAAGGAGAGAAGAUUUCCACCAAGCUGUUUUCAGCCGAUGAAUUUCAGCCCUUGGACCCCACUCAGGAGUUUAUAUUUCCACCAGAAUUAAUGACAAUGGCUGAAAAUCAGCCAAAAAGAACUCUUGUUUUCCAAGGGGAAAGAACAACAUGGAUUUCACCUGCUAGCCUAAAGGAGCUUCUGGAGCUGAAGGCUAAGUACCCCAAAGCACCUCUCGUGGUGGGGAACACCAGCGUGGGGCCUGAAAUGAAAUUUAAAGGAGUGCAUCAUCCAGUUAUCAUCUCUCCUGCAAGGAUCCUAGAUCUGAAUGUGGUGAGAUACACAGACAAUGGACUGACCCUUGGAGCUGCCUGCAGUCUGGCUGUCGUGAAAGAUGCCCUGACAAACACUGUCUCAGAACUUCCAGGGGACAAGACAAAGAUUUUCCGUGUUCUCUUGCAUCAGUUAAAAACUCUGGGAGGACAGCAGAUCAGAAACAUUUCCUCUUUAGGUGGAAACAUUAUGAGUAGAAAGUCAACAUCUGACUUAAAUCCCAUUCUAGCAGUUGGCAACUGUACCCUCAACCUGGCAUCAAGAGAAGGAACACGGAGGAUUUCUUUGAGUGACAUUUUUGCCAAUGGAGUUGGUAACAAUACCCUUAUGCCAGAAGAAGUCUUAGUCUCUGUUCACAUCCCUCAUUCCAAGAAGGGGGAGUUUGUAUCAGCAUUCCGACAGGCCCAGCGCCAGGAAAACGCUCUACCUAUUGCUAAUGCUGGGAUGAGGGUACUGUUUGCAGAAGGCACAGACAUAAUUUUGGACUUUGGCAUUUUCUAUGGCGGCAUUGGCUCUACCACCGUCUGUGUAAAACAAACCUGUCAGGCACUCAUUGGGAGGCAUUGGAAUGAGCAAAUGCUGGAUGAAGCUUGCAGACUGGUUCUUAAAGAAGUUUCUCUGCCGGGCUCAGCCCCAGGUGGGAAGGUGGAAUAUAGAAGGACUUUGAUUGUCAGUUUCCUCUUCAAAUUCUACCUGGAAGUGCUUCAGUCAUUGAACAGGAUGGACCCCCAUCUGUAUCCUGAGAUAGCAGGGAAAUAUGGGAGUGUGCUACAAGAUUUCCAACCCCAAAUGCCCCAGAGUGAACAAAUAUACCAGGAAGUAAACCCAGAGCAGCUUCCCAGGGAUCCAAUCGGACGUCCCAUCAUGCACCAGGCUGGUAUAAAACACGCCACUGGUGAAGCUCUUUACUGUGAUGACAUUCGUGCUGUGGAUGAAGAGCUCUUCCUGGCUGUGAUAACCAGUUCCAGAGCCCAUGCAAAGAUUGUAUCGAUUGAUACAUCAGAGGCCCUCAAAGCACCAGGAGUGUUUGAUAUUAUAACAGCUCAGGAUGUCCCAGCCACAAACGAGUUCUACUAUUACAGUGAUCCAGAGAUUAUAUUUGCAAAAGAUAAGGUAAUUUGCGUGGGUCAGAUUGUCUGUGGUGUGGUUGCGGAUACAGAUGUUCAUGCCAAACAAGCAGCUGCAAAAGUGAAGAUAGAGUAUGAAGAUCUGGAGCCAGUGAUCCUGACUGUUGAGGAGGCUAUAAAGCACAAUUCAUUCUUUGAGCCACAAAGAAGACUAGAACAAGGAAAUGUCGAUGAAGCAUUUGAAACUGUUGAUCAAAUACUUGAAGGGGAGAUCCACAUCGGGGGACAGGAACAUUUUUACAUGGAGACUCAGUGUGCGCUUGUUGUGCCAAAAGGAGAGGAUAAAGAAAUGGACGUGUAUGUGUCAACCCAGCAUCCAGCACUGAUCCAGGAAAUGGUGGCCUCAUGUUUAGGGGUUCCAGCCAAUAGGAUCAUGUGCCAUGUAAAAAGAAUCGGUGGAGCUUUCGGUGGGAAAAUAGGGAAAGCUGGUCUGUUGGCAUCUGUUGCUGCAGUGGCAGCAAACAAAACUGGUCGUGCAGUUCGUUUUAUCCUGGACCGGGGGGAUGAUAUGUUAAUCACAGGGGGCCGACACCCUCUCGUUGGCAAAUAUAAAGUUGGCUUCAUGAAUGAUGGUAGGAUCGUGGCUGCAGAUGCCAAAUACUAUAUUAAUGGAGGAUGCACUCCUGAUGACUCUAUUCUGGUAGCAGAGGUAGUCGUACUAAAAAUGGAUAAUGCUUACAAGAUUCCCAACUUGCGGUGCUGCAGUCAUGCCUGCAAGACGAACUUGCCAUCAAACACAGCAUUCCGAGGAUUUGGUUUCCCCCAGUCAGGACUGAUUACAGAAUCCUGGAUAACAGCCAUUGCAGCCAAAAGUGGUUUAUCACCAGAAAAGGUUAGGGAGAUAAACAUGUACAAAGAAACUGAACAAAUGUGCUACAUUCAAGAGCUUGAUCCAGAGAACAUGGUAAAGUGUUGGAAUGAAUGUAUGGAGAAGUCUGAAUACUACAGCAGGAAAAUAGCUGUGGAAGAAUUUAACAAGCAAAAUUACUGGAAGAAGAAGGGGAUUGCCAUUAUUCCCAUGAAGUUUCCAUUUGGCUUGUGCACACGUUUUCUAAGUCAGGCUGCUGCUCUGGUUCAUAUAUAUGUGGAUGGUUCGGUGCUUCUAACUCAUGGUGGAAUUGAAAUGGGACAAGGCAUCCACACCAAAAUGAUCCAGGUUGCCAGCCGGGAAUUAAAGAUCCCCAUGUCGAGUAUUCAUUUUUGUGAAACAAGCACAACAACUGUUCCUAAUGCUUGUGCUUCAGUAGCAUCUGCUGGAACUGAUGUCAAUGGAAUGGCAGUAAAGGAUGCUUGCCAGACUCUCUUGAAACGCUUGGAGCCCAUCAUUAGCAAGAACCCGAAAGGUACCUGGAAUGAUUGGGUUAAAGAAGCAUUUGAACAGAGCAUUAAUCUUUCAGCUACAGGGUACUUCAGAGGCUAUGAAGCUAACAUGGAUUGGGAGAAAGGGGAAGGCCAUCCAUUUACGUAUUUUAUUUUCGGAGCUGCUUGUUCGGAGGUUGAAAUUGACUGUCUUACAGGAAAUCACAAGAACAUCCGAACAGACAUCGUUAUAGAUAUUGGAUGCAGCAUAAAUCCAGCUGUGGAUAUAGGACAGAUUGAAGGUGCCUUUGUUCAGGGCAUUGGACUUUAUACAAUGGAGGAGUUAAAAUACUCCCCAGAAGGCGUCUUGUACACUCGGGGCCCGGAUCAGUAUAAAAUCCCUGCAAUCUGUGACCUCCCAGAACAGUUCAGUGUUUCCUUGCUGUCAUCCUCACAAAAUCCUUAUGCCAUCUACUCAUCCAAGGGGAUCGGCGAGGCAGGGCUGUUCCUGGGAUGUUCUGUGUUCUUUGCUAUCUGGGAUGCAGUGGCUGCUGUGUGGAAGGAAAGAGGAUUAACUGGGACCUUCACACUGAACAGCCCCCUGACUCCUGAGCGGAUUCGAAUGGCCUGUGCCGAUCAGUUUACUGAGAUGAGUACGAAAGAUGAACCUGAAUCCUUCGUUCCUUGGGCCAUCUCCAUAUGAAUGGCAAACAGAACCUCGCAAAAAGCCUGAAUGAACUCCAGUGGUACUGAUUUGUUGAUUAUGAGGGUGAAGGCUUAUUUAAUCAACACGUAUAUUUUAUUUUUAUUCAAAAUCUACCCUCCGGCUACUGAAUAAUGAGCAUUACUUCUUCAGCCCAUUCUCACACCUGAGUUUUCAGCAUAUAUUUAGUUGCACUACUACAUUUUACUCCUAGAAACACAUCUAAAUAGAUUGAAAGAGGGUUAUGUAAUAAGAUCCAGCUACUACACAUUCUCUAUGAUCAUCUUAAAUCACCACUAGGGAGGAAUUAAUGAUCACUUUAACAAUGGUACAAAAUCCAGAUUUUUUUCCUCAGGAUUUUUCAGAACAAUGGAAUUCAAAUUUAUGUCUAAAUAAUAUAGCUAGGUUCACUGAGGUAAUGAGAUGCGAGAGCCUGUGCUGUGUUGAGCUAGUAGUGCACUGGGGAUGGGGUGUGAGGGUUGAGAGUGAACCAAAAAUAAGUGCACUAAUACUCCUGGGAUAUCCGUUUGCAUCCCAAUAUUCAGCUUAGGGCCAGAGUUUUAAAGGCAUUUAGGCUUUGUGAAAGUGCCUGUGUAGGUUAGAUGCCUAAAUCUCAUUAAAAUCAACGGGAGUUAGGCACCUCACCUGCUUAGAGAGUUUGAAAAUCCCACUAGGCACCUAAUCUGCAUCUUUAGGCACCUACAGAUGUUUAAAAAACUGGCCCUUAUUGACUUCUUAUGGUUCUAUUUGUGCUGUAUGUUAAUAUUAGUUUAUGUAAAACAAAUAUUUUUCUUACGAUGUUCAUUCUUGUGCCCAUGAAAGUUAAAAUAAGCAGCAGAAAAGAGUUCCCAUAAGAGGCAAGAUAAAAUGGCAUAUCACUGUUAACUCCCAUUCUGUCAUAACUCCCAUUUCCCAUGCUGCUUUGAGGCCUGAUCCUUUAGUCACAAGUCAUCCUUAGUUCCGUACGUAGCCGCAUUGUUGUUAAUAACUCUGUGCACAGAAAGUCUCAUCUUAUGCGGGGGUUCCGUGCCGCAGUGAGCGCGUAAAGCGAAAACCGCGUAUAGUGAAACACUCAUUGAGUUGAAUGACAGGUGGAAUCACCCGCACAACAGAUGCAGUUUUUAUAUUGUUGUUUUUCUUUUUUUUCCCCUGUUUUUGCCUACCGCACAAAGCUGAAUUCGUGCAUGGUAAAUGCACCUAAGAUGCGACUUGCCUGUAAAUGGAACCUAAAGAGUGCAAGUAGCUUUCCCAUUUUAAAGUGUAUUUUGCCAAAUUGCACUAAGCCAGACAUUUGGAGGAGUCCCGAUCACUAAUCCAGAGAGACCAACUAAAAUGUAGCUGUGGGAGAAGGGAGCUAUAAUGAUGUAUCGAGGUAUUUUCAGUAAAACACUUUAACAAUCUAGUACAGUAUUUGAUUUCUGAAAGGCUUCAAAUAAGACGCUAAUUUAGGUUUCAAUUCUGCAAUAAGAUCUCCAUGCAUGGAUUCCAUGGCAGGAUCGGAACCGAAGUGAUCACAAUAAUUACCUUUUGAUCACAGACUUGAUGCAGCAAUGUGUGAUUUCACACAGAAAAGCUGCUCUGUGUGGUGCUAACACCUGUGUACUAAAAACAACUAGGAGGAGACAAGGGAUCUAAUUCUCCUUUGUGAUACCGACGCAACUCCACUGACACUGCAUUGGUAUAACUGAAGCCAUUAGGGUCACUGUAAAAGAGAAGAAUUUGCCCCAAGAAACCUUAAGGGUGACUUUGCUACUGUUUCCCUUGGAGACCUUUUUAUUUUCUCAUGACUUGAUCCAAAGCCCAUUGAACCCUAUGGAACAAUUUCCAUUUAUGUCACUGGGCUUUGGAUCAGGCCCUUGAUGAGAUUGUCUCUGGAAAGUAGUUCAGAAUGGUGCCAUUGUGUACAACAGCUCAGGAUGAUAUUGGGCCAAUCAGAAUGCAGGGGAGGUUUGCUCUUUAAUUGCUGAUGAACACUCUUUUAACCUCAGCAGGGAAGGUGAAUAUAAUGUAAGAUUAGAAGAUGUUUCACAAAGAUGAUCAGUUUUCUGCUGACAUAUAGGGUGUGGUGGGAUUAGAACUGCACCCAGAGAAGCACUAGUUUGACAAGAUUGAAAAAGAAAAAAGACCUAUUGUGCUUUCAUGUAUUGGAUGCUAAACAAGGUAUAUUCUGUGGGUUACAUUUAUAUAUUCUUACAUUCUCAGGCAAGACCAGCAAAUAACACUGAUUACUGAAGUUAGUUAAUAUACUAUAUAUAGUAAUGGCAGGACAUGAUCACAAAAUCCCUGCCAGAUUUUGACAUCCAUCCCCAAGACUGAAGAGAUCUAGAAUUUUGGCUUUGCACUUUCUAGGGCCAUGAAGUUGAGAUGCAGAUUCUGAGCAUUCCCAAGAUUUGGUAAUUUUUGGUUUGGGGCUUUUGUUUGGGAUCCAUCUCUAAUAUACAAUAUUUACUGUAUUGUGCAGGUGAGUCAUUAGUUGCCAGAUGUCCUGGUUUCAUCUGGAUAAUCAUGGUUGAUUCUUUUGGGGGGAAUGGAAGGAGAGAGUAAUUUAAAUGUUUGCUUUGUAGCUUUCAUAUGCUGUACUCCAACUAUUCCUUGCCAUGUAGUACUGAUAGCCAGAGACUGCACCUCCAGUCUCUCAGUGAGUUUUCUUUUACUAUGUCCCUACAUCUUGAUAUAGAUCAGAUUGCCCCUGGGCCAUCUACUCUGCUCAGUUUUCUUUGUUUCACACACCCAUGCUGAUUAUUACACCACUGUUUCUUCUCCAGUUGCCACCCAAAGUAUCUCCUUCUCCUUUUGUCAGAUAUCAUGCCUGUGACUGAAGUCAGGCUUAUAGGUUAAUAAUUUUUGCCCUUGCAGUUAGAAUAUGAUUUCUGUAUUUUUAAAUCUGGUUUUAUAUGCACAGUUUCUAUAUCCUGGAUGAGAGUGUCACUGUGCUUCCUUUGCUGCCUUUUAUUGAUAUUCAUUUGGCUUUUAUAUAUCAUAUGAAAUUCAAUAAAACAGAUUAAUCGUAAAUGCAAUGCCAUCUUCUUUCUGGUAUGAAAGAUUCUGGUCUUGGCUCAUUCUGUGGGCUCUGACACCAGACUGCAGGCCCCCAUCAGCAGAAGGGAGUUCACAGCAGCAGUCCUCACUGUAGCAGGAGCCUGAAGCCAGCUGGGAAAUCCCAGAAAGCCAGAUGGGGAUGUGGCCAGAGCACCUGUGAGAAGCACUGAACAGCUCAUCUCCUGAGCAGCCUCAAUCAGCAGAGUUCCUGCGAAGAACCCAGGCAGAGUUUAAAUCUGCACCCCCCUGGCAGAACCCUUGAGAGAGAGCAGUGGUGACACUGGUACGGACGUCCCUGCAAAUGCAGGAUGUUUGAUUCCCUGGGCUGAAUCAUGUCCUAGAACUGCAUUAUCCUUCCUCCAGGGCUGAAUCACCUUGUCUGAUUUUCAGUACUUGCUAAACAUUAUUAAUAAAGGUUCCAUCCAGCUUCAA